UAUACAUGGAAAGGAAAGUUGGCGGCGGCGGCUCCAGCAACUGCCCCAUGCGGGGUAGAUGAUUCGCAUUUCGGCGCGGCCUAUGGCUUUACGGUAAUGCCGCCUACACCCCACUCGCCAUAUUUUCUGCCAGGCGGACAAUACUUCACGAAUACUGCGUGUGUUGGAACUUGGCGACAAGCACUCCCCGACGAAACUCGCGGCCACAGAAUCUCACUAUUGAAAAUGGCGUCCCAAGAGAGGAGCAUGCCCUUCAUAAAGAACCUUGCCUCGAGCGACCGCAAGAUUCGCACGUCCGCCCUCGCUUCCCUACACAAUUUCCUUUCCGCCCGCCAAGUUGCCUCGACUCUUGCGCCGCUGGAUGUGCUAAAACUCUGGAAGGGUCUCUUCUUUGCAUUAUGGAUGUGCGAUCGGGCUAUUCCCCAACAAAACUUGUGCAAUGAGCUCGCCGACUUGAUCCAUAUUUUGCCGCGCGAUGCCACAGUACCCUGGCUACGAGGCUUUUGGGCCACCAUGUCCCGCGAAUGGACCGGCAUUGACGUGCUGCGAAUGGAGAAGUUCUUGCUCCUCGUGAGGCGAGUUGUCGGGGCUGGCUUUCAGUGGAUGAAGGCAGAGCCCAGAAGCAACAAAGAUGGCAGCAUUGUGUGGAGCACAGACAGGGUGGACGACAUCCUGGGCCUUCUAGGCGAGUGGCCCUUCGCACUUGACGGGGACGCUCGGCCGAGCCGCGAACAGGAUCCGCUAGUGCCACAGAAAGUCCCGGUGGGCCUAAAACUACAUGUUCUGGAUAUUUGGGUUGAUGAGGCAGAAAAGGCGGGCUUGCUAGAUGGAAGCGAUCAGCAGGCGAAUAAGAUCCUUCAACGAAUCUCAAAUCAGGUAGACGUUUUCGAACAGGGCACCACCAGUCCUGCCGUACGAAUUCGGUCUAAGGAGUCCCUAGCCGACGAACGCCUCCCGGGGAACAAAAGAGGUGCUACCCCUGGGGCCGUGGUCGAUGAAGAGACAGGCACAGCAGAUGUCGGGGAUGGAGGGAGCUGGGAUGGUUUUGAGGAUUAGUGGACUAGUCUACUUCAGCGAAGACAUUCCAUUUACCUCAAUCGCUUCGUGGGAAAUAUUGCAGCGAGGCCUGUCUAAUUUCCGAUGAUAUAGGAAGAUAUGACGAUUAUAAAUAAUGAAUAUCCAAAU